AUGUCGACUCCUGUCCAGUCGACGCCCACCAAGGCAGCUCCCGCUGUUGACAGUCCUGGCACAUGGCGGCAUCCGCGAUUAAAUGAAAUCACCCGAAGGCAGAGUGCGACGAAUUUCUCCGAGAAAAAUAUUCGGCAAAUAGCCUACAAUAUAGUUGCCUUAUUAGUCCUGUGGUCCCUUCGACUGCUUGCCAAAAUGAAGAUCAACCCCCAAAUUGUCUCCAGCACAUUCCGAACGUACUUGAGUUGGGCGUGGUUCGUGUUUCAAAUCAUCCCAUUCAUUCAAAUAUGCCUCGCCUGUCUACCACUUGUCCGCGCCAAGGACGACCUCUCCGACAUCCCUUUGACCGGUGCCCAACGAAAGCUGCUGGGUCUUCCGCCAACUUCCGCCCCGCCGACUCCAGAUGCCAAGUUCAGUACGCCUCCACGGUACUCGAGGACGCCUUCGAUUGCUGGAUCUGUCGGAAGCAGGGGCAGCUAUGCUAGCUCACCGCUGUCCGGACGAGGCAGUCCGCUUAUUCAGGGCUCCUUUGGGGCUUCUGGUUCACAAUACUCCCCAGUGGGUAGCCCGGUCUUUCAAAAGAGUAUUAGUGGGCUAGGAAAUGGUCGACGAUCAUCAUUCGGAUCAGGCAGCCCCUUUGCUCAGAGUACGUCGGCAAACUUGUUUUCGGAUCCAGGCUCUCCCAGCCCCUCUGGAGGCAAGCGCACAAGUGUAGGGCUCAACAGCAAAUGGCUGUAUGAGAGAGGGAGACGGUCCUCUGGCAGCGCAUGGCUUCAUUAG